AUGACGGAAACUCUGCAGAGUUUGAAGGCGCUGGGCUUGCCUGUCGAGAGGAGUACAUAUAUUCAGAUAUCUUGGCCGGACUCGCUGCACCGUGUCCGCCCGUCGGAUGAGCGCCUUGACCAGUUGGGCAGGGAGGAGCAGGAGGUGGAGACCGUGCCAUCGAAGGAGACCUAUGCAGAGCACGUCGACCUCAUUAAACCCCAGGUCGACCCCACCAAUCCCCAGGAUGGUCUCGAGGACGCAGUCGCAUCUGAAAGGGGUGCUCAAGCUGCCUGGGAAGAAGUACAGCAGAUGCUCAACUACAUCGAGGCCCAGGCAGUAGCAGUGGCAGAACUGAGCGAGCAUGACACCCUGCCGUGA